CAGACCCGGUAGUCGAAGGUUGUAUCGCGCGCAGUGCUCUGAGGAAGUCAUACAGAUUGCUUGGUUGGUAUUGUAGGCUGUACUGUCGCUCACGCUUUGGAGCUUUUUUCAGAAUUGAAAAGCACUAUCUACAUGCUUUAUGCAUGGAUUGACAACCACGAUUCUGACGUGAAAGAAGGGGACGAUUCCAGAAAAGAGACACUUUCUUGAAUCCUGACCCCAUACUCCUCCAGACAACAUUAUCAAUUUCAAGUGUCACCGAAAAACAGUCUCAAGACUAAAGCCAUGCCCUGCGUUCAAGCUCAGUAUGGGUCAUCACCGCAAGGAGCCAGUCCCGCUUCUCAGAGCUACAGCUACCACACCGCUGGAGAAUACAGCUGCGACUUCUUAACACCUGAGUUUGUUAAGUUUAGUAUGGACCUGACCAACACUGAGAUCACAGCUACUACUUCUCUCCCUAGUUUCAGCACGUUCAUGGACAACUAUAGCACCAGUUACGACGUUAAACCGCCCUGUCUAUAUCAAAUGCCGCAUUCUGGAGAGCAGUCCUCCAUCAAAGUCGAGGACGUCCAGAUGCACAGCUAUCAUCAGCAGAGCCAUUUGCCAGCUCAGUCGGAAGAGAUGAUGGCCCACUCCGGCUCUAUGUACUUCAAACCCUCCUCGCCUCAUGCCCCAACCACACCAAACUUCCAGGUUCAGCCCAAUCACAUGUGGGAGGACCCUGGGUCCCUCCACAGUUUCCACCAGAACUAUGUGGCAGCGACCUCUCAUAUGAUAGAGCAGCGCAAAAACCCGGUGUCAAGGCUGUCACUAUUCUCCUUCAAACAGUCCCCUCCUGGUACCCCUGUGUCGAGUUGCCAGAUGCGAUUCGAUGGCCCACUGCAUGUAUCCAUGAACCACGACAACCCAGGAGCACAUCGAGGCUUAGACAGCCAGAGCUUCGCGGUACCCAGUGCUCUAAGGAAACAGGCCGGGUUAGCCUUUCCUCACUCCCUUCAGCUCGGCCAUGGACACCAGUUGAUGGACAGCCAAGUUCAUUCGCCCCCGUCCCGAGGGUCACCAUCAAACGAGGGUCUGUGCGCAGUGUGUGGGGACAACGCCGCUUGCCAGCAUUAUGGAGUGAGAACCUGCGAGGGUUGCAAAGGAUUUUUUAAGCGCACUGUUCAGAAAAAUGCUAAAUAUGUGUGUUUAGCGAACAAAAAUUGUCCUGUCGAUAAACGCCGAAGAAACCGUUGCCAGUACUGCCGUUUCCAGAAGUGCAUGGUUGUCGGAAUGGUCAAAGAGGUUGUCCGGACUGCUAAUCUAAAAGGUCGAAGAGGCCGUCUUCCCUCCAAACCUAAAAGUCCCCAAGACCCCUCACCACCCUCGCCACCUGUCAGUCUCAUAAGUGCCCUUGUUAGGGCUCAUGUCGAUUCCAACCCGUCCAUGUCUGGCUUGGACUACUCAAGAUUUCAGGCUAACCCUGACUACCAAAUGAGUGGAGACGACACCCAGCACAUCCAGCAGUUCUAUGAUCUCCUGACGGGUUCCAUGGAGAUUAUCCGAGGUUGGGCGGAGAAGAUCCCUGGGUUUUCUGAUCUUCCGAAGCAGGAUCAAGAUCUCCUUUUCGAAUCAGCCUUCCUGGAACUUUUUGUUCUGCGGCUGGCAUACAGGUCCAACCCAGUGGAAGGCAAACUCAUUUUUUGCAACGGGGUGGUCUUACACAGGCUGCAGUGUGUCCGAGGAUUUGGGGAAUGGAUAGACUCGAUUGUGGAGUUUUCCUCUAACCUGCAGAGCAUGAACAUCGACAUAUCAGCAUUCUCCUGCAUCGCCGCUCUUGCCAUGGUAACAGAGAGGCAUGGGCUUAAGGAACCCAAAAGGGUUGAAGAACUUCAAAACAAGAUAGUGAACUGCCUUAAAGACCAAGUGACAUUCAAUGGCGGAGGUUUGAAUCGUCCGAACUACUUGUCAAAACUUUUGGGAAAGCUCCCUGAACUUCGCACCCUAUGUACACAAGGUCUGCAACGUAUCUUCUACUUAAAACUCGAAGACUUGGUUCCUCCGCCAGCAAUAAUUGACAAACUUUUCCUCGACACUCUACCUUUUUAAAUAGACUUUAAAACGGACUUUUGACGAGACCUCAAAGAACUUCCACAGACUCUGUUUGAGUCAGCCUAACAGAUUUGAAAGAUUUUAUCUCUGAAUAUUUGCAAGCUCCAUAGUACAAUCAAGGAUCCACGAAAUUGAUAUAAAGAAGAGUGAGAAAAUUGGGUUCAGAAAACCAACCGAUCUUCGAUUUUUUUAAAUGUAAUUGCCAGAAAUGUUGUGAGUAGCCCAUGAUCGACCCCACACCGGGGAAAGUCUCCAAGGCUUCUCUUGACAUAAUGUGGAUAAUUCUCGACCAAGUGAAACACUUUCUUGCAAUUCUUAUUCCUUAUUGUUGACUAACCAUCUGCCCCAUUGAUAACGCAUACUGAUAUGUAAUAUAUUCCAUUUAUAUAUACACAUAUAUGAUAGAUUAUGUGAUGCGUCCAAAGCGUCAAUUUAUAACACUUGUAAAAAGUUUGUUAAUGACAAAAUUUCAUUUGACUUUUAUGACUUGUGCCUAUAUGUGUUUCUGUCAGGAUCCCAGAGGUGCGAAAGUAUUUCGAAAAGACAACGCAUGUUGUAGGUUUUUAUAGGCACUGGCUGUCGAGGAGACAUGUCUAUAUUAUACAUUAUAUACUGGACACUAUGUAGUCUGCUAGAUUUUAUAAAGAUUCGUAGUACUGGCACACCUUUUAUGUAUGACGCAUAUGUGAAAAGUAUCUCCAUCUGUAUAGAUAAAGAGGGAUCCAUGGUGUUUGUAAAACUGUCAGACAUUCCUUGUUUGUAUGUGUUGUAAGUAUUGUUGCUGUUGAAUAUAAACGUUUAUAUAUUUAUUAUUUUAUUGCCAAAAGCGACGUUAAGCAUGGAACAUUUUUAAAUGAUUUCAAACCUUCAUAAUUCAUGCUGAGCACGUUGUCUAUGUUUUAUGUCUUAUAGACGUUUAGAUUGUUAUAAUUUUACACAUUUGAAAAUGAAAAAUUCGUCCUAUAUAAAAUAUAAUUAAGUGUGCGGUACAUCCUUUGCCUUUCAUGGUGUAUUUGAGUAGGCUAUUGCAAUGCAUUCGGUGCCGAAUUCCAAACCUUUAGAGAGAAAGAGAUAUUUAAUGUUUACAAAUAAAACUUUUAAAUCAUUUUUCUUCCGAAACAAUUUCUCUUAACUGAUUUUUCUUUACAAAUACAGGUGCGUCUAAAUGAAAUGAUUUAAUUCAAAAUUAAUUGAGUGAAAUAUUGCUUGCUUUCCUGUAGGCAUAAAUAUAGAUUUUACGUCUUGAUUAAAUUCUUUCUCGGUAGCUCUAUGCUGUAUGGAAUAUUUUCCUUUUGUUCAAGCUCAGUAGAAAUGAGGUGUUAGUAAUUAGGCUGUGAUUACAGUGAAUGUUUGAUUACAGUGAAAUAACUUACAAUUUACAUGAAUGCAAAAACAAAAAAUGUUGAUUAAAAAUAGAUAACCCUCAGAAAUGGGCAUGCUUGCUUGAAAGGUAGGCUAUAUGGUUUACACUCUAAGAAAAAAAGGUUCUGGAUAGAACCAAAAAUGUUUAUAUGCUUGCUUCAUAUAUGACACCCGUUAAUGUUAUAUAAAUAACCGAAUUGGUUUCCUAAAGAACCCAAUAUGGAACCCAAGGAGUAUUUUUGGUUCCGAUUUUGGUUCAGUGUAGAAUAACCAAAUAACCCUACAUAAGGGUUUAUAUAGAACCUUUAGGUGUGCCAUAUAUGAAGCAAGCAAUAUAACCCCUUUUGGUUCUAUACUGAACCUUUUUUUCUAAGAGCGUAGGCUAGUGUUUAAUUGAGGUCGGAGACUUUAUUUGGAUUUGUUUUGCAAGAAAAUUGGGAACUCACACUAGCAGUUUCCUAAAAGAAGGCUGAACAGUCUUGGACUCAAAAUAAUUGGUCAAAACGUUUACAUUGUUUACUAAUUUCUCAUAUGGCGACUGGCCUGCUAUUCCAAAAGACCAACAAGUGGGGACAUUGAAAUAUCAAGAGAAGUUCAAGUGGCAUGCUGAUAUAGCGUCAAUGCAGGGUCAUCAUACUUUCAAAUAUGAAAUGAAUAGAAUAAGUGACAGCCGAGAACAUAAUACGAGAUUUCCCAGUCUUUAUUAAUUCAACCACUUCUCACAAUUUGGAACUCGGAAAAGAUUAUCCAGAAAGACGGGUAGACUAGGCUGCUAUAAAGUAAAACAGUUCUAAAACAGUUGGAUGGACAUAAAAAAAAAA